AUGCAACAAGGUGGCCACCGACCCGACCUGGCGUCUGCUUCCGUGGGGCCCGAUACCGACGGGGCCAAGGAACAAUCGCUGUCGACCGAGAAGAAAGCCGUGGCCGCGGCCCUGACGCUCUUUUCCGACGGUUCAAUGUCGCAAAGAACCUGCGGGUUAUGCCGCGGCCUCAUGUGCUUGCAGCUGCAGCAUGCAGCAGGGAGCUGCCUAAAUCAAGAAGUCGAACCACGGCAGUAUUUCUCGAGCUCUUGCAUCGUCGGCAGAAGACUUGGCACAGGAAAGCAUGUCAGCAUAAGAAGAACAUAG